AUGGCCACUGAGAUCCAUACUCAAAAAUUUCGAGGUGACAUAUGGGACUUAUGCCGCGAACCGAAGAGUUGGAACUACCAAACCGCGAAGCCUCAAUUCUGCUCUUUCACAACGACAGCAAUUUUACUGGCGACAAUGGCUCAUUCCAAGAAACAGGAUAAAAUCAAAACCCCCAGAUUAUCAAAUCCAUGGACCGUGGACACCUUUGAAAGCACUCCUGACCUUGUGGUACCAGGAUAA